GGUACGGUGGUCGGUCGGUGGUCGGUGACAUUUGGUGACGACCACGUGACGACGACAUUCACAUUUUUCACGUAAAUAAAUUCAUAAUGAAUACUCCAAUUUCAGCGUUUUCAGUUUAUAGAAAAAAGCCAAAUCCAAAAAUAGUUAAAAGACAGAUCGUUGUAAAAAAACAGGUUAAAAAGAAAAUGACUAUUUCUUUAAAAAAAUGCGUGAAUAAAAUCAAGCAGAAAAAUACCAAUCCUAAUCCACAAAAAUUGAAGGACACUGUAAAACCAAGAGCUGUGAUAACACAUAAUCUAAAUCAAAACUUUAAGAAGGUAGAUAAUAAAAUAAAGAAAACCACAUCUCCACUAAGCACAAAACUUAAAAAAGGUACGGUAUUUCACAAUAAAGAUCCAGUUUCGGAAAGUUUAAAAUUAUUUAAAUGGUUAAUUGCACCUCUAAGUCCAACCAAGUUUUUUGAACAGUACUGGGAAGUUAAAGCCCUACACAUACAACAUAAUUCACCUCACUACUUUAGUGAUAUCUUGACUACAGCAAGAUUGGAUAGUAUUUUUAGGGAAUUUCCGUUAUACUACACCAAAAACAUUGAUGUCGUCUCAUAUGAAAAUGGUGUAAAAGAAGUUCACAAUGAACAAGGAAAGGUGGUUGCUUCUGCUUUAUAUGAUUAUUAUUCAAAUGGUUGUAGUAUAAGACUUCUAAAUCCUCAGACGUAUGAUCAAAAAGUUCAUUUAUUGGUAUCAACAUUACAGGAGUAUUUUGGCACUUUAGUGGGAGCGAAUACUUAUUUGACGCCACCAAACAGCCAAGGCUUUGCUCCACAUUAUGAUGAUAUCGAAGCUUUUGUUAUACAGUUAGAAGGAAGAAAACAUUGGAAAUUGUAUAAACCCAGGGGUAGCGAUGUUUUAGCUCGUGAGUCCAGUCCUAAUUUAAAACAUCAUGAUAUUGGAGAACCUUUUAUGUCCGUUACCUUGAAUGCUGGAGAUAUACUUUAUUUUCCUAGAGGUACGAUUCACGAGGGUAGGACUGAUCCUGAUUGCCAUUCAUUCCAUAUAACAGUGUCAGUCUAUCAGCAUAAUUCUUUCGCCGAUUUGUUAGAACAUGCUUUACCUGAGGCCCUAAAAAAAGCAUCACUUGACAACAUACGUUUUCGGAAAGGAUUACCACUUAAUUAUUUGAAACACACAGGUUAUGUAAAUCGAAAUAUAAUAUCAGAGGAAAGAUUAAAUAUAAAGGCAGAAAUUGAAAAAUUAUUUGACUCUCUGAGGGAUUAUAUUGACAUCGAUAAAGCAGCUGAUCAAUUAGGUAGAAGGUUUAUGUAUGAUUCAAUGCCCCCGACAUUGUCAAAACAAGAAGUAUGUCAUACAUCUAAAUAUGAUGGUGAUAUUAUGAAGGAUGGCAAAAUUUUUAACAGGGCCGAAAUUGAUAUGGAUACGGAAGUACGACUACUUCGAUAUUUUUGUUUACGCCUUGUAACAGAUGAAAAAUGUUCAAAAUUGUACUAUAAUACAGAAAACGCAAAAAUAUAUCAUGGCGAAGAAGAACAGGUUUUAGAAAUAGAUUCCGACUUAAUCCCAACGAUAGAAAUGUUGCAAAGUACAUAUCCAAAAUUUACAAACGUUCAAAGAUUAGUCGAGAAUAAUAAUUCCAAUAUGGCAACAAUACAAUUGGUCUCUGACUUAUGGGAACAUGGAUUACUAAUAACUAAUAAUUCACUCACUACUGGAACUGACGACUAAUUAUAUAAAAAUGACGAAUUUAUAUGUCUAUAAUGUAUAUGUUAUAUUAAAACGUUAAGUUUAAAAUUGAAUAAAGGAAUUAUAUUUAAACAGA